UGACAGACAAUAAUAAACUCUUUCAGACCCUCUGAGCGAGAAAAGCUACACAGAAGGACUUUUAUGUGAGUACUGCAACUUUAACCUGCUGCUGACUGCAUUCACGGACUGUGAAUUUAAGAGGAGGGAAAAACAGCUCAAAGUGAACGUAACUUUCAAGGAGCUUUCUAGAAGGAGAGGAACCUGAACGUCCUGUUUAGCUUUCUGCCUUCCGUGUUUUCAACAUCGUCCAGAGAGACAAUGUCGCUCAGAUCAGAGGAGGAUCUCUCCUGUUCUGUCUGCUGUGAUAUCUUCAGAAAUCCUGUUGUUCUGUCAUGUAGCCACAGCUUCUGUAAAGACUGUCUGAAGAACUGGUGGAGUGAGAAACAAGAACGUGAGUGUCCAGUUUGUAAGAGAAGAUCAUCAAGGGCUGGACCCCCCUGUAACCUGGCUUUAAAGAACCUGUGUGAGUCCUUCUUACUGGAGAGAGACCAGAGAGCUUCAGAGACUCUCUGCAGUCUGCACUCUGAGAAACUCAAACUCUUCUGUCUGGACCAUCAGCAGCCGGUGUGUCUCGUCUGCAGAGAUUCAAAAUCACACAACAACCACAUAAUCAGACCCAUCGAUGAAGCUGCAAAAGAUUACAAAGAGGAGAUCCAGGAAUCCCUGAAGCCCUUAAAGAAGCAACUGAAGCUCUUUGAACGAGUGAAAGGAAACUGUGAUCAAACAGCAAAACACAUUAAGGUCCAGGCCCGACAAACAGAGAGGAAGAUUAAGGAGCAGUUUAAGAAGCUUCACCAGUUUCUAGAGGAGGAAGAGGAGGCCAGGAUCUCUGCUCUGAGGGAGGAAGAGAAGAAGAAGAGUGAGGUGAUGAAGAAGAAGAUUGAGUCUCUGAGCAGAGAGAUAGCAGCUCUUUCAGACACAGUCAGAGCCACAGAGGACGAGCUGAGAGCUGAAGACGUCUCAUUCCUGCAGAACUACAAGGCUGCAGUGGAAAGAGUCCAGCAGCGCCCCCUGCUGGAGGAUCCACAGCUGCUCUCAGGAGCUCUGAUAGACGAGGCCAAACACCUGGGCAACCUGACCUACAACAUCUGGAACAAGAUGAAGGACAUGGUCUCCUACAGUCCUGUGAUUCUGGAUCCAAACACUGCUGAUCCAGAACUCAUCCUGUCUGAAGAUCUGACCAGUGUGAGACCAGGAAAGAAACAGAAGCUUCCUGAUAAUCCAGAGAGGUUUGAUAAACACUGCUCUGUUCUGGGCUCUGAGGGAUUUAACUCAGGGACUCACAGCUGGGACGUUGAUUUUGGAGACAAUAUAUUCUGGUCUGUGGGUGUGGCAGCAGAAUCUGUCCAAAGGAAGGGAGGAAAAAACUCUGGAUUGUAUCGAAUAGGGUUUUAUGAUGGUACAUACAGAGCAGACUCCCCUUCACAUCCAGGAACUGUUCUCUCAGUGAAGAAGAAGCUCCAGAGGAUCAGAGUUCAUCUGGACUGGGACAAAGAAAAACUGUCGUUCUCUGAUCCUGAUACUGACACACACAUUCACACCUUCACACACAAGUUCACUGAGAGGAUGUUUCCAUACUUUCACACUUUGGAUAACCUCCCACUGCAGAUAUUACAGGGCAACAUCUAUGUAACAAAAGAGAAGCUCUAGAGAAGAUCAUAAAUGAUGUACAGAGAUGUCGUCUCAUGAUUAAAAGCAGGAUUGACAAAUUGCAAUAACAUGAUGAUGAAUGUAAAUCCUACUAGAUACUGUUUUUUAUUGUAAAAGGGUCACAAUCCAAAAGAGUUUUAACAAUGUGUCUAUUUUAUAAAACAUAUCAACUGUUUUUAUCGUGUAAAAGCUUAAUAUGAAAAGUAACUCAGUCAGAUAAAUGUGUUUAAGAAAUAAAAUAUUUCACUCUGAAAUUUAGUGUAGUGGAAGUAUAAAGCAUCAGAAAAUGAAAAUACUCAAGGAUUUCAUAAGUAAAUGUAUUUUGUUAUUUUCUUCCACUGUGGUUAUAAAAAGAAAAUACAUUAAUUCAGAAGAUAUAUUUUUGAUUGUAUCUCUGAGUCGCUGCUUUUAGAUAAAUAUUGAUUUCAUAUUUACAGAUUGAAGCAUUUGUCAGUCUGCUGUUAUUGCAUAAGAUAACCACAUGAUGGCGCUCCAAAUGUCUUAUUCAUUCAAACUGAUUUAAAAGCUUUUAGGAAAUUUAACAAAACUGCAUUUUGUUGUCUUGUGCUCAACUGAAAGGACAAUAAAGUUGAGUCAAAUGUAAUCUAAACAGAAUACUGCUGUCUUUAAACACUCCUUCUCUUCUCAUUACUCAUUACAUAA